AUGGCCGCACCCCGCAUGUCGAUCAAAUUUCUGGGCACCUCGUCCAUGCCCAACUCGACAAGGAACUACUCUUCGCUCCUCUUCAAGCUGGACAACCAUACUGUCAUGGUGGACUGUGGCGAAGGCACACAGCGACAAUUCCGCUCUCGAUACAUCGGUGUGGAUGAACGGCUUGCAAAUCUCAAGACCAUCCUUGUAACACAUCUCCAUGCCGACCAUGUUCUCGGUCUCGUGCCUCUGCUCAUGUCCAUGAUGGGCCCCACAGGCGUCUCCUCUGCACCAGAAAGCUCUGCACCGCGCAUCGAAAUUUAUGGACCACCAGGUCUGCGCGCGUUAAUACGAACCACACUCUCCCUCUGUUACUCACAGCUGAGCGGCAAGUACGUCGUACACGAGUUUGUGUGGCCUUCGCAAGAUCAAAUGCCGGAAGCAUCGCCUCAUGCGCUGAGAGAUCAGCCUGGACGCACAAUACCCAACCUACCACUGCACGACGGCGAAUCGAACGCGGGACGCGAUCUGAACAUGGACCCACGCACGUUCAGCUGGCCCAACUUUCUUACGAUCAAGAGCGCAAGCCACGGGCCCAACGUGCGCAUUAGCGCUGCUCCUAUCUCGCACCGGUGUCCAACGCUUGCCUUUGUUUUCGAAGAAGAAGCAAGAGCGAUGCCGCUUGAUCCAAGCGUCGCAGAGGCCAUCAAGCGUAAUGCAACUGCUCUGCAAGAGCAAGAGGGUAUUCGACAUCCGCUUUCACUCCUAUCCAAACUCACCAAUCGACGUCAAACAGUCCUACUUCCCGAUGGUACAGUCUUACAUCCACCACAUCUGGGCAUGCCUGGACGCAAGGUGACCAUCAUGGGCGACACGAGCGAUGGUACUGGCGGUUUCUCAGAGAUGCAACUCCGAGCGGGUUACGGCUUGCCUGCGCUCGCCUAUGACUCGGACGUGCUUGUUCAUGAGAGCACCAACAUUGCACUGCCUGCACAUCUAAACAAGAACGGCAAAGCUGACUCAUUGGAAGAAGUUGCAGAAAAAGCGACUUCGCGUGGCCAUUCUGUCCCUCAAGUGGCAGGGCAAUUCGCUGCAUUGGUGAAUGCAAAGUGCUUGAUACUGAAUCACUUUUCCACAAAGUAUCCGAGCCCGCCACACUACUUGCUCGACAGCAUGGGCACCCAGGCAGAAUUGUCUCCGACGCAGAGCGAGAGGCAGCAAGCACCGCAAGGACGACAGCUCGGAGAUUCAGAGCGGAAAGCAUUGAUCAUGAAGGAAUUCGAGAUACAAGCGUAUCAAGCCUGGAAAGAAGCAGCCAGCAAAGGAUCACAGCUCGAGACAUACUCGGCAUUUGACGGCUUCCAUUUCGAAGUGCCUGCCCGACCAGAACCGAAUGCAUUGGCGCCGACAAGCGUACGUGGCCCUUUUGCUCGGCCGUGGGAGCAGGAUGAGGAAGCUGAUGUCAGCGACGAUCUUGAGGGACAGCACAACCAACAAGCCUCAGCGAGCAAUGCAGACAAGCAGAUGUGGGAUCCUUCGCCUUUCCUGCUGCCUUGGUCGCAAAAUGACGUGCCACGCUAUGCGAUGGUGUUGCUGAACUCGCCCAUUGAUACGCGCCAGAUCGGACACUUCCGACACCUGUGGAAGUCGGCAUCGCUGCGGUUGUGUGCCGACGGUGCGGCCAAUCGGAUUUUGGAUUGCUUUGGCGCGGCAGCCUUCGAAAGUCAGGAUGGGCGGCCGUCAGUUCCCUUGCCGAACGCCAUUCUAGGCGAUCUCGAUUCGAUUCGGCCAGAUACACAGCACUUCUUUACAUGCAAGGGCGUGGCUGUACAUUUGCGUCCUUCGCAGUACGCCACGGAUCUGCAAAAGACAAUCCAGGAAGUCGAGGACCAAGAGGCAGCAUCGGGAGAUGGCGACGAGCACACGCUUAUCAUCUUUGGCGGUCUUGCUGGGCGAUUGGACCAGAGUGUACAUACGCUGCACGUGCUCUGGCAACUGGCUCCCGGUACUGAGCAACUAGGAAGCGUUUUGGAUCCAGAUGGGCUCAAUGAGAGGGGCAGUCGACUGAAGAAGCGACAACGAACUUUUGCAAUUGGCGACGGCAGCGUAGCGUGGCUGCUUCCCAAGGGCAAGCACGUUCUCAAGAUGUCACGCCAAGUGAUGGGCAAGACCUGCGGCAUCCUGCCUUUGGGAGUCGGCAACAGUGGCGCCAAUGUAUCGACAAAGGGAUUGGAAUGGAACUUGGAACGAGACUCAACCACACUUGGCGGGUUCCUGUCGACGUCAAAUCAUCUUGCUGAUGAGCAGGGUGUGGUUGAGGUGGAGAACGACGAGCCAGUAUAUUGGACCGUAGAGCUCCGUCCAGAUGACGAAUGCAGUUUUUGA